AUGUCGGCAGACCUCUUUGCCGAGUUCAACAGCCUCGCGCAGUCUUCGCCUCCGGCCUCGCAACAGCGUUCGCCGAGCAGUGAAGAUCAGCCUUUAACCUCGCAGGCCCAGCCUCAGGACCCCUUCGCCGGCGCUGGCGCCGCGCCGGCUAGUGAACCCCCGCUGUUUACGUCUCAUCCCCCUACACAGCAAUGGCCGUCGUCCGGGUCUCAGGCAUUUGGCCCCAGCAUCUGGGGCUCCGCCAACCAACCGGCACAACCGGCGCAUGGAGAACGUGGCCAAGGUCAGGAUGAGGAUGAAGACGGAUGGGGGGAUUUCGAGGUCGCAGCCCCGACAGCGGCACAGGCCUCAUCAGAAUACCCCGAGGCCCAGAAUUCCACCUCGAGAGCGCAAGGGGCUACGCCAGUCCCGAGAAUGGUACGGGUGCCCACCAUCGACCUCAUGACAAACAAACCGCCUCGAGCCGUGUCGGACCCCAGCGAUCCAAACGUACUUUUUGACGUUGAUGACUUCGAGCUCCAAGGGGGGGAAGGCGACGCGGAGGACGGCGAUGGUGAUGACUUCGGCGACUUUGAGACGAGUACCCAGCCCCCGCCGCAGCCAAGACCGCCGCCGGUUCCAACUUCUGCUAUCUCUGCAUCCAUGGAUCUUCUCGGGCUCGACGACUUGCCGCAAUCGAACACGACAGGGGCCACCCACAAACAGCCCCCUAGUAAAUCACCAGGACCAUUGAGCUUUGGGGCUUCAACGUCCACUCGGACCACUGCACCAAAGUCUCCGUCCUUUCAAGACAGGAAUCCGUUCCCUGAUCUCACAGUCAAGACUUCAUCAGCGGCGAGGGCCCGCAGUAAUGAUCAGCCCGACUCAGCCGUCACACCCUGGCCUACAGCUGGACGUGCAGCCAGCAAAGCACCAGCAGCAAAGUCAAAGGAGGACGACGACGAAUGGGCAGCAUGGGACGACAUGCCCGCGCCAUCUCCCGACGCCGGGAACGGCGUUCACAGCUCAGACCUUGCUGAUAAUUGGCAAUGGGGAGCCGACGAGGCGACCGGUCCUUCAUCAGUGGCUCAGAACGACUCGACUCCGCCUCCGAUCAACGUGCCUCCGCCGUCUGUCAUUCUCUCGGCAUUCCCCGACCUGUUCCGCUCGGGAGAUUCGCUUUUCAAGCCUAUCGGUCAAAGCACCAAGAUAAAGCAAGAGGUCUUGUCGAACCCAAGAGCUGUACAGUUUCUGCAAGGAUACGUUGCCCUUGGUGCGACUGCUGCGAGGGUGAUGGCAGGUCGGAAGCACAGGUGGCACCGAGACAAGAUCCUGGCCAAAAGCAUGUCAAUUUCAGCCGCGGGUAGCAAGGGCAUGAAGCUCGCAGGUAUCGACAAGACCCAAUCAGCGCGAGAGGAUCGCGAGGCGGCCGAUGUUGUCGCCGCCUGGCGCGAACACGUCGGGCGACUACGGUCAGCCGUCGCCACGGCAAACUCGAGCGGCAAGGCAAGCUUGAAGGUGCCCGAGUUGAGCGAGACCAUGCAGGUCCAGACGGCCAAGGUGGUACCGACGGCGCCCAAGCCUUGCAUCAUCUGUGGCCUCAAGAGAGAGGAGAGGGUGACAAAGGUGGACUUUGACGUCGAGGACAGCUUCGGAGAAUGGUGGGUAGAGCACUGGGGGCACCGGGCUUGCAAGAAUUUCUGGGUCGAGCACGAGCAACGGCUGCGUCAACGGUGA